AUGAACGAGAGUCCUACAAAAACAGAGAGGAUAGGCCAAGAUUUUGUCAAAAUAUCUAAGAACUUCUCAUUGAAGUCCAAACAGGAACAGUAUUACUCAAAGAAAUCUCUUUCAGAAUUUAAAAUGAAUGAUCAUGAUGAUAGUGAUGAUGAGGCAUUAUAAUUCAAUGACUCAGAUGGUAAGGACAUCAAAUCUCUAGAGCCAGAUAGCAAAUUAUCGCUAGGCUGGAGAUUCAGUAAUAAAUCAAGUGACAGAACACCGAGUGGUGAUAGGCCAGGUUAUUACAUGACAGACCAUAUUGUUAGAUCAAACUAUGUAAAGAUAAAGAGUGAGACUUAAGACUAACAAGGAGAUGGCAUUGAAUUUAAUAUUUUGAAUAAUCGAAAAAUCUUCUAGGAGAAAUUAAUUGGGAUCAGCCACUAAAUAUAACCGCGUAAGGCUAGAUUUUAAAGGAAGAAGGAGGGGUAUCAUUUGAUUUUGAAGAAAAAUUUUAGCCUGACUCAUGACGAGGAGAUCGAAAUUCUUGACAACUUACUCAUUAAUCAAAGGCAAUAAACUUUGAGCAAAUUGGAGAGAAGAGUUUUGAAGAUUAUGGUUAAAAGAGGCAUUCCUGAGAGAUAUAGAAGGCACUUAUGGCUCAGAGCGUCAGGAGCUUCUGCUUCAAUGAGUCUACCUGAAAACUAAUCUUACUAUAAAAAUCUGAAGCGAUUGGAGAUGAACUACCCUAAUCCAAGUUUUAAUCAGAUUGAGUUAGAUUUAAGAAGAACAUUUUAUGAACUUAAAAUCAGUAAAUCUGAGUAACUCAUUGAUAAGCUAAGAAAUGUAUUAGCUACUUAUUGCAAAAGAAAUCCAACUAUUGGCUACUGCUAAGGUAUGAACUUCCUCGUAGGUCGAUUGAUAAAAGUGAUGUAAUCGUCCAGCUCGAGACAUCAAAAAAAUUCAACACCAAUAUAUAAUACUGAUAAUAUCCGAGCAAGUACUAAUUUCAUCCCAAACAACUCAGAAAAUCAAAGUAAUCCAAACCUGCUAAAAUCUUAAACAUCUUUGCUAUCUGAUGUCAAAACUGAGAACUCCUAAGGAUACAGACUAUCAUAAGUUCAAAACUCGCAAGAGGUAGAUGAUAGAGACGAGGAAGAGGCUUUUUGGAUAUUCACACACCUAGUUGAGACUAUAUUACCUCUAGAUUACUAUUCAAAUAUGGUAGGAGCACUUAUUGACUAAAAGAUAUUCUACGAUAUUUUCAAGGAGAAGAUUCCUGACUUGUGUAAUCAUCUAGAGUCAGUUGGAUUUGAUCCAAGUCUACUUGCUUUUCAAUGGCUUGUGUGCCUUCUGAGCUUUAACUUGCCUCAGGAAGUAUCUGUGAGAGUAUGGGAUCUGUUCUUCCUAAAGGGAACAAAAACAAUAUUCAGAAUUUCAUUAGCAUUAUUGCAUUUGAUGAAAAACGAACUGAUGCAAACCACUGACUUUGCUGAAAUCUUUGAGAUCCUCGAAGCCUUUCCAAGGAAGCUUAUUGAUGAAAAGACUCUGCUAUAAACAGCUGAGAUCAGAAAAUACAAAAUCAAGAAUAGAGUGAUCAGUAGAAUGAGAGCAGAAAAGAGGGAAGCGGUUGAAAAAGAACUGUAGAAAUUAGUAUUGGUAAAAGAUACCUACAAAGGGACCUACUAAAGAUUAAAAUUUCUGAAUAAAUUCUAUCUUUACAAUGGAGUAUAAAGGUCCGACAAUGCAAAUAGCACAACGCAUGAGCUGUAUUACAAGAGUUUGGACUAAUAUGAGAAUGAAGUGAUGAGAGUUUUCAAUUGCUCUACCGAAUGGCCAAUAUGUCUAUUUGAUUUUACAUACAAGAACAAGAUUCCUAAUUAUAUUGUUAUGGCUUCAUCCUCCGAGUCCCCUGACAUAAUUUAAGAUUACUUUUACCCUUCAGCAAAUAGCCAGCUUCAAAAUUAAGACUAGGAAAUUGAGUUUAAUUUACCAAUUGAAAAACCAUCAGAGGGUCUACUUAUAGAGAGAGGUAGACAUUACUGUGAAAGAAACUAAAAAUUCAUCCAUAACUUUAAAAAACUCUAUGACAAAGGUGAUUGCCGAUUAUUCAAUAGUCAAAAUCUUUGCUUUGACAUUUGCAGUGAUAUUAACUCAACUUAAAAUCUUAAAAAUUACAUAGAUGAAAUAGCCAAGAUCGAUAUCAAUAAAGACAUUAAUCCACCUGUUCCCAUUGAUGUCCAGGCAGCAAUCGUUGCUACUAAUAAGCAAAUUAGUUUUCAAAAUAUAAUAGAACUGGAUGAUGAAUACUAACAAAGCCAGAGCAUGAGUGACAAAGAAAAUAUUAAAGAUUCCGCUGAGAAUGAGAUUCAGAAUAUGCAAUCCUAAAAAAUGAAUAAAAUUAAAAAGCCUAGGUUUAAAUCUACAGCCUUAAAACAGCUGUCAAGCGAUAUGGAGGAUGAACAUGAAAUGAAUGAAAAUUAUGAGUAGUUGCAAAUAAGUAUGAACUCACUGCACAUGAGUGCUCUUGACAUUAUUACAAGCAAUUUAGACAUAAAAUAAGCCAAGAAAAACAAAGAUACAUUAAACAAAAAGUACAUCUUUACUAAUUUCUUCUGA